GAGCAGAGUUUUAUGACCAAAAAAAACAAUCCAAUGGCGGGAGGUUCCUACUUCGUUUGGAUUCUUCUCCUUCUCACCUGCAUCUUUUAUGCUUCGGACAGCAGUCAUGUCCAUCAGGAUCUCAGGACUUUAGCCAGUCAUAGAGGAGAUUCGUAUGUGACCCAUCUCCCUUCAAAACAGCCAUCAAGUCAAGCCUGCGCUGACCAGUUCGCGUCGCUGAACGGGCAGCUUCAGCAGACGUCUCUCCAAAAAAGCCAGUUAGGUGAAGAAGCCUUUGUGUUGCGGGGGGAGGUCAGACAGCUGAAACUGCAACUUGCCACAUGCAGUGCGACUGCCUCAGCUAUUACCAACUCGUAUCAAACACAACUGCAGUCAAAAUUGAAACAGCAGCUUGAGAUAUUUGACAAUGAUGCGUUUCUAAUUCUGAAAGUCAUGGCGCUCACCAGUGAGGUUAAUGCUUUACAGAGGAAGGUCAGACUUGCUGCAAAUUCGACUGAAAUCAGCGAGCUGCAGAGAGAACUGGAAGAGAAGAGCGCUGAACUGAAUGUUAAGAAACAGCAAAUAGAAGAAAACAUCACAAACUCAAUACUCAUUCUGCAGAUAAUCACACUGCAAAAUCAGAUCUGGGAUUUACAAGAGACUCAGUCAACACGAGGCCUUCAGUCUGACAAGACAAUUCUGGCUCUACAAGAGCAACUGGACAGGAAGAUCAGUGAGCUGCGAGGCUCAGCAGAUGUCAUCUCAGCAAUGCUGGAGCUGAUUUCUGUGCGCCGUAAGAUUACUGUGUUGCAGAGGAGGGUCAGUGUCCACAUUGAGGAAUCCAAAACGAAUGUUGCCGAUGUCCAGAGGCAAAUAAGGCAAAUAGCUAUGCUACUUACAAAGAAGAUUUUGCUGUUAAGUCGGGAUGAGAAUAACAAAGAACUGACCAGAGAAAUUCUGAUGCUGCAGGGCCAGUUGGAACGUCUGGAACAGCUGACAAGGAACGCCACAAAGACACGCAAUUCCCAGCUUAGAGAGCUAAGAAUUAUUUUGGAGGAAGAAAGGAAACGACAAAUAAUUUUACAGAAACAACUGGAGGAACAAGAUUAUGCCCAGGCACAGCUCUUCAUGAACAUCAUCAGUAUAAUGGAAGAGGUGAGAGAGCAGCAGCGGACAGCAUCAACCGGUCAAACCAAAUCUCUUUGGGAUCUGCUUCAAGCCAAAGAAAAGGACUAUACCAAAGCUCAGGCUGAAAUAACAGAUCUGCAGAGGAAACUCCAGCUGAAAAUUGAGGACUGUUCUGGAUCUAAGGACAAAUAUGAGCAGGUAAAAACUGAAUAUGAGCAGAAGAUUGCUGAACUGAAAAGAACAGGAGAAUCCACAGCAGCACUCAUUCUGGAUGUGGUGAAGCUGCAUGAUGAGGUGAAGGUUUUGAGGGAAGAGAUCUCCAACUCACAAGACAAAGACAGGAUCUCAGAGCUCCAAAAGCAACUGGAGAAAAAGCAAAAAGAUCUGGACUCCAAGACUGCAGACAUAGAGAGACUGACUUCCAAUCCAAGAAUUGUUUUAACAAUCAUUGAGCUGCAAGACGAGAUCUGGGACCUUCAGAGGACAGAUGUCAAUGGGACCACAAGUGGUGAUGUAAAAAAGCUGCAAGACAGACUUGCUGGGCUCAUGGGUGAAAUCGAGGACAAAGAUGGCAGCAGCACAAAACUGAUGCUGACAAUCAUGACCCUGCAGAAUCAUGUGAAGUACUUGGAGAGACAGCUGUCAAACCUCCAGAUGCCACAAAACAAAGUGACCCAGCUCACAAACGACCUUGCAACCAACAAGAAAAUGUUGGAGAAAUAUGUCAAUGAGCUGAAAGAGAAGAACCAGACAGCUGCCACACUGAUGUUGAGCAUUGCUGAUCUGCACACCCAACUCAGAAACCUGGAAAGAGAGAAACAAACGGAGAGCCAAACCACCUCUGCUACAAUUUCGAACCUGAGGGAACAACUCAAGAUCAAAGAGAAGGACCACUCUCGUGACCAGGACUUGAUCAGAGCUCUGCAGAACAAACUGAACCAGACGGAGGGACAGUGUUCUGAUUCAGAGCAGAUAAUUAAGGAUCUGCAGAACAAUCUGGAUGACAAAAUAAAGGAGCUGCAGUCCAAAUCUGGCUCAGUUACGUCACUUUCUCUUCAAAUUUCCACGUUAUCUCUGGAACUGGAGGGACUGAAGAGAAAACUACAAAACACUGAAUCCAAAUCCAAGGUUGAAGAGCUCCAAAAGAUUAUAGAUGAAAAAACUAAAGAACUGGACCAAAAAACUGAAGAGCUGAGGAAACGAAGUUCUCAACCACAAAGACUUUUACAGAUUAUUUCAAUACAAACAGAGAUUGAGAAACUGGUUAAUGUGGCAUCAAACGACACAGACUACAAUAAGAUCAGAGCACUCCAAGACCAUCUCAAUCAUCAGAUCAGUGGAAUUCAAGCUGAAGACAAUGAAAAUACUAAACUGAUGUUUCAAUUCUUGGCACAACAAGAUGAAAUAGCCAGACUCAGGAAGCAAGAAGAAAGUCAGACACGGGCACAUGCAGAGAAGAUUAAAGAUCUGGAGGAUGAGCUGGAGGACAUCAGAAAUCAAAUUAAAGAAAAGACACGCAUGCUGAAUUCAAGUGAUACGAGGAUUUCUCAUCAGACGGCUCAGAUUAUGGAGCUUCACAGGAAAAUCAAACCUCUGGAGGACAAAAUGUCAGUCCUCAAAGAGACCCACGCUGAAAACCUUGCGGAGCUGCAAGGGAGACUCAAUUUGACAAGCAGGCAACUGCAAGUCAGUGAACUUCAACUCCAGAAGGCAGAUGCAAGAAAUUUUAAAUUAAUCAUGGAGGUGGCUGAUCUGAGGGCGCAGCUGAAAACGGCUCAGAAACAGGCAUCUAAAGUUGCUGCAAAAAACAUAAAUGACCUGGAAGAACAACUAAAAACGCAACAAAGAGAGAAUACAAAACUUGAACGCACAAACAAAGACUUAACAGAAGAGGUCAAACAGUUGAAAAAGUGCUGCAGUGAUGCCGACACCCAGUGUGACGACUUAAAGAGACAACUGCAGCAGAGCCAGGAGGAUGAAAAUCGUCUGUAUCAGCAGCUGAAUGACAAAGACACCAAGCUCAAACAUGUGGAGCAGGAGUUAGAAGAACGCACUAAGGAGGGUAAUCUGCUGCAGCAGGAGCACAGCAAGCUGGGAUUACAACUGAAACAGGCCAUGGACAAUGCUGAGUACCAACAGCAGCAGCUGGAUGACAAGGAUGCCAGACUCAGACAGCUGGAGCAGGAGUUAGCCGAAAAAAACGAGGAGAGUGCCAAACUUCUGGAAGACUACAACAAUCUUCAAAAGAAACUGAAUGAUGUGGAAGAUCAAACAAUCCAUGCCACAAAGAUGACUUUUGAUCCAGAUACCGCACACCCAAGGAUCGUUUUGUCUUCAGAUAACACUGAGAUGCACACCACUGAUAACAUACAAAACGUCCCCGACAAUCCGGGCCGCUAUGAUGUGAUUCUCGCUGCCCUGGGUGCAACCGGUUACUCAACUGGUCGUCAUUACUGGGAGGUUUCUGUAGCUGGGAAGUCUUGUUUCCACAUUGGGAUGGCCAGUGAAGCUGCUCCAAGGAAGGGAUCAUUGAGAUUCAAUCCAGCAAAUGGUUUCUGGACUAUAGUCCUGAACAAACAGGGUCAGUACAGAGCUCUUGACAGGAGACCUGUUCCUAUUCUUACUCAGACACAACCUGUCACACUGGGCAUCCUGCUGGACUAUAAAAAGGGACAGAUCUCUUUCUAUGACACUGGGGCCAGAUCGCAUUUGUACUCUUUUGUAGGCCAAAGUUUCACAGACAAAAUCUAUCCAUUUAGCGAUUAUUGCGUUGAGAGUGGUGAAAAUUCAAAUCCAAUCAUUUUAGUUUCUCCUGGAUCAGUUGAUUGGAUAAACGUCCUGCAGGAACCGCUCCCUCUGAGUGGGGCUCCAUCCCUGGAACCAGCUCAGGACGCACCGCUGCUCCUGGAAGAGGAACGGAAAAUGGCGGACCUCGAAGACGUUACGCUGGACGGGAGACCGCUCCAGUCCCUUCGAGUAGCGGACUUAAAAGCCGCUCUGGAGGAGAGGGGACUGUCGAAAAGCGGGCAGAAGAAUACUCUCAUUAAACGGCUCAAGGGGGCUCUCAUGCUGGAGAAUUUGCAGAGGACCUCCACUCCUCAUAUUGGAUUGCAGCCAAACUCUCAGAUUGGUGAGGAAAUGAGCCAGAACAGCUUUAUCAAGCAGUAUCUGGCUAAGCAACAGGAGCUCCUGAGGCAGCGUCUGGAGCGAGAGGCACGCGAAGCAUAUGAAACAAAUGAUCAAGAUGACCAUGCAGACGUUAACAACAGUACAUCAUGUCCUCCUCCAGCCCAGGAUGUCACACCAGCAUUGGCUGAGCAGCACAAACCGCCCGGUCCCUCUAGUGGAGACGGCUUGUUUGGUGCUGUGAAUGAGGGACAAGGUAACAGGAACCAGGAGGCUGACAUGUCCAAUCCACCUCCUUCUGGCUCUGUGGCCAUGCGUGUUCCUGGCGUUGAACACCGGCCAGAGAGAGGCUCUGCAUCCAGCGAAGUCGCAGGUGACAGUGAUGAUGACGAUAGCGAGGAUGGCGAUGAGGAUGGUGACGAUGAUGACUGGGACAGCAGUGCUCGAAGAAGAAACCUCAGAGAGCCAGCUAGAAUGCCCACAGCAAGAGAAAGGUCUGGAGCAUCCUGUCAACCUCAGCAGCAACAUAUCCCUUCCCUUUUGUCUCCUCAACUUCGCCAACCAACACCACCUCCUUCCCCACCUCCAGAGUUAUCAUUCCCAUUGCCUGAUACCCCUAAACAGAGCCCACCUAGUCCAGAUGUUGCCCCAGCUAGGGGCUCACCCAGUACUUCCAGCUCUGGUUCCUCCAGCAGCGACAGCCGCAGUAGCAGUCCCGAGCCGCAGAGGAGCGGACAUGCCGAGCGAAAGCCCGGACCCCUGACCCUUCUGGCUCGUAAAAUGGAGUCAGAAGGUGCUUUCUCCGGAGCAAGUUGGCAUGGUGCAGAUGGGGAAGGCGAUAGGCAGGACAGCAGUUCACUUUCAGCUGCAGCGUUUCCUGGCAGAGGGCCUCCAGAGGUUCUGGUAUCUGCCAUCACCCACACAGCCAAAACUGCAGGCCAUGUGCCAUUCCCCAUGAUUCCAGGCACUAACCAGGGUGUCACAGGAGCACAUCUGGCCCAUAUUCAAGCACCCGUGAGUGUACUUAAGGCCACUGCAGCAGAAGAGAGGGACAGGGAGAGGGAGUUGGAGAUAGAAAGAGAAAAGGCACUUGAGCUGGAAAAGCAAGAGAAGCUGAGAAAACUUGAGCAAGAGCGAGCAAUGGAGGAGGAGCGGCAAAAGGCUCUGGAGAGAGAAGAAAGAGAGAGAACUCUGGAAAGAGAGAGAUUUGAGCGACAGCAGGCCUUAGAAAGAGAAGAGAGAGAGAAGGCUUUGCAGCGGGAGCGGGAACUUGCUCUAGAACGAGAGAGGCAGGAGAGGGAACAAGCUUUGGCUAAAGAGAGGGAAGAGCGUGAGCAAGUUGUAGCACGAGAGAGGGCCUUGGAGCUGGAGAGGCAGAGGGAGCUCGAAAGGCAGAGGGCCCUGGAGCAAGAACGCCUGCAGAGAGAGAAAGAGGAGAGGGAACAGAGAGAGAGAGAAGAAAGGGAGAGAGCGAUGGAGCUGGAAAGAGCCAAGGCUUUGGAGCGAGAACGGGAAGAGAGAGAACGGGCUCUGGAGCAAGAGAGGAUAGAGAGGGAAAGAGCUCUAGAGGCUGAGAGAAAAGAGAGGGAAAGGAUAGAGAGAGAGAAAGCUCUGGAGCAGGAACGGUUGGAAAAGGAAAGGUUAGAGAGGGAGAAAGCAUUGGAGCAAGAGAGAAUAGAGAGGGAGAAAGCCUUGGAACGGGAGAGAAUAGAAAGAGAGAGGGCUUUGGAGCAAGAGAGAAUAGAGCGAGAGAGAAUUGAGAGAGAGAAAGCCUUAGAACGAGAGAGACUAGAAAGAGAGAAAGCUCUAGAGCAAGAAAGACUGGAGAGGGAGAAAGCCCUUGAGAAAGAAAGGUUGGAGCAGGAGAGGAGGGAGAAGGAAAGGUUGGAGCAGGAGAGGAGGGAGAAGGAAAGGUUGGAGCAGGAGAGGAGGGAGAAGGAAAGGUUGGAGCAGGAGAGGAGGGAGAAGGAAAAGUUGGAGCAGGAGAGGAGGGAGAAGGAAAAGUUGGAGCAGGAGAGGAGGGAGAAGGAAAGGUUGGAGCAGGAGAGGAGGGAGAAGGAAAGGUUGGAGCAGGAGAGGAGGGAGAAGGAAAGGCUUGAAAGAGAGAGAGCACUGGAGCAAGAGAGGAUAGAGAGGGAAAAGGCCUUGGAACGAGAAAGGGAAGAAAAAGAGAAGGCGGAGAGAGAAGCAGCUCUGGAACGGGAGAGGAUGGAGAAGGAAAGAGCUGAGAAGGAGAGGAAAGAGAGGCUGGAGAGGGAGAAAGCUCUAGAGCAGGAGAAACUUGAAAGGGCAAGGGCCUUGGAGAAGGAAAGAAAGGAGAAGGAGAGGGCUUUGGAGCAAGAGAAGGCAAUGGCUCUUGAGCGUGAGAGGUUAGAGAAGGAGAAGGCCAUGCAGAAAGAAAGGGAGGAGCAGGAGAGGGUGCUGGAACAAGAGAAAGAGAAAGUGAGGAUAGCUGAAAAGGAGAGGGAGAGUCACCUCCCUCCAACCAAACGUGGCCGUGAGGUUGGUCUCACCCCUCUGCCCACUCCUCCUCCCCCCUCCACAGGACUAGCUACAAAGUCAUCGACAGAGGCAGGAGAGCAGGAAGAUGCUCCAGUGUCCCAGAGCGAAGCCCAGGCAGCAGAGUCUGGUACACCCAUGUCACCUACACCUCCGUCACCACACUCCUCUUUCAAGAAGUUUCGCUUCUUCAGGGACUCCCCACUUCAGCCCCAAACCUUAUCCACUUCCAUGGUUAUUAAGCGACCCCGUACAUUCUCUGAUAGCCCCCAGCCUCGAGUCUCACCUGUCUCUUCACCCACCAGUGUUGGAGAACGACCACUGGGAGAACACCAACCCUCCACUGAGCAAGAAGAUCAGCAGAUACACGCAAACCAAGAGGUCGCUGCAGGGCCACCUGGAUCUGCGAGGACUCCGUCUGAGAAGCAGACCGCUGUUAGUACUGCACUGGGCCAGAGUCCCCAAAAAGAAGGGGCCACAAGGAUUGUAUUGGAGGAGAAAGAACAAGCAGCUUCAGCUAAGAGUGAACAGGCUGCUAAAGACUCCAUCAAAAAAGCUAAAGAAGUAGAUGAAAUCAAGAGUUCUUCAAGCUCAGUGGAUGCUAAAGAGCGGAGGGGAAGAGAUGCAGAAAAGGAGGAGAAACGAACAAGACAAAGAUCAUCAUCUAAUGAUUCCUCUUCCUCAGAAUCAGACUCUGGGUCCUCAUCAUCUCAGUCCUCCAGCUCAUCCACAUCCUCUCAAGAGAAAACCCGCUCCACCUCCAGAGGUAGACGGGAAGGGAAACCUGAAAGAGGUUCACCAGUAAAGGCUCAGGCUCAAGGUUUAAAGGAAACCCCAAAAGCCUCCCCUUGCAAGAGAGAGACGUCUACCGAGAAGAAUAACACAACUGCUGACAGUCGAUCCAAGAAACUGUUCACUGAAGCUCCAACCACAGGGGAGACGCAUAGGAAGAGAAAGGACAGCGAGGAAGAGGAGGAAAAGGACAAAGAAAGGCAGGUGAAGGAGACUGCCAUGGCAGAUCCAGAGAAGCUGCCAGAGACCAGCGAGGAGACUCCAAAGGCCUUCUCAGCUCGUAAGAUCUCUCUUAGCAGUAGUAAAUCGUCCCCAGGCACUGGCAGUGCAGAGGGUGACCAGGAGUCUGCAGCUGUGGCCGGUCGUAAGAGGAGGUGGGGCUCUAGCACAGCUGUCACUGCCAAGAAACCUUCCAUCAGCAUCACAACUGAUUCACUAAAGUCUCUGAUCCCAGACAUUAAGCCGUGUCUCGGCCAGGAGGCGGUAGUGGACCUGCAUCCAGAGGAAACUGUUCUCUCUGGAGCUGAGGACGAAGACAGGGAGCGCUCUGACCAGGACCUUCAGAUUCGACGCACUGUCACACAGGUGGUCCCUUUGGAAAACCAGGAGAAUGGACAGAAAGAGGCAAAGAGGAGCAGGCAUGAGGAGUUGGAGGAAGAAGAUCUUCGGGGAGACAGAGAAAGGACAAAGGCUCAGGAAGAGCCGAUGGAUUCCUCCAUUUCUGGAGCUGUGGAAACCCAGUCACCAACGCAUAUCAGCCAUGAUGUAGAAAUGAACACUGUGACCCCCAGCGACACCCUCAUUCGUCGCUCCAUCAGCCAGCAGAAAACGGGUGUUUCCAUCACCAUUGAUGACCCCGUUCGCACGGCCCGGCAGCCCUCACCACCUCGUGGCACAGUGUCUGCUAUUGUUCACGUCUGCAACCUGGUGAGACCAUUCACUCUGGGGCAGCUGAAGGAACUUCUCAGCAGAACCGGCACCCUAGUGGAAGAAGGCUUCUGGAUCGACAAAAUCAAAUCCCACUGCUACGUCACUUAUUCUAGUAUAGAGGAGGCAGUUGCAACACGGGCAGCUCUUCACGGAGUGAAAUGGCCUCAGAGCAACCCAAAAGUCCUCAGCGUUGACUUCUGCCAGCAGGAUGAGUUGGAUUUCCAUAAAGGCUUGGGUGCCGCUGACAGACCCGGAGCAGAGGAUCAAGGGCCUGGUUCUGGCCGUGGUCGAACCCUGGGCCUGCCCUCUCUCCUCCCAGAGCGAGACCAGUGGGCCGAACGCGAGCGUGAGAUGGAGCGCAGGGAGCGUGCACGAGCAGAGCGGGAGUGGGAUCGCGACAAGGUCAGAGAGUUUGGGAAACCUGGGGAGGAGAAGGAGGGAGGUCCCCGAAGGUCACGCUCCAGAGAGAGGCGACGUAAAGAGAGGGGAAAGAGCAAAGAGAAGAAAACGGAGAAGAAGGAGAAAGCAGCUGAGGAUCCCCCUGCAAAGCUGCUGGAUGACUUGUUCCGCAAAACUAAAGCAGCUCCAUGCAUCUAUUGGCUUCCACUCACAGAGGAACAGUUCCUUCAGAGGGAAGCUGCCAGAGCAGAGCGGAUGAAAGAGCGUGAGAAACGGAGGAAGGAGCAGGAAGAGGAGGAAGAGCGCAAGGAGAGGAUGAAGGCUGCAGGUGGCACAACGGGAGACCGGAGUGAGGGCGAAAAGGACAAGGACAGAGACAGAGAGAGGGACAGAGACCGAGGUAGAGACAGAGACAGACACAGAGACAGGGAAAGGGAGAGGGAGAACGACAAACGCAGGGAUGGCUACCGUAGGGCAGGGGGCAGUGGGGCAGGCGGCGGCCGGCGCUCACGCAGUCGCAGUGAACCACGAGAAAGACGGCGCUAAUGGUCAAUCAGCCGAUGGAACUGUCCAAGAGACCACCCUCUUUCAUUUGCCUUUCACUACAUGUACUUCGUUACAACUACGACCCAACAGAGGACCAACUGAUGUCGCUACCAUCUCUCAAAAUCUGUCACCUUUUUUAAAGCACAUCUACGCCUACACACAGUCAUGCUUAAAGGGGACCAUGAUUUUUUGCAGUGUUGUUUCUCAGAGUGCUGUACGUCUCGCUCCUGUCAAGGUUUGAUAUAGUUUUCUUUAUAUGUUUGCCUCUCUCGUUUUUCCAUGAGUUUUUUUGUCUUGACGGCAUAGCAGUAUGGCACACUGGGUAAUUUUAAUUAUUUACCUCAACGUUCCCCAUUCGCCGCUAAGUGUAGGUGCCAAUUAUGAUUUGCAAUCAACUGUCGUCGCCUCAGUGUGUUUUUGGAUGAGGGAUCCUUCUGUUGCUGCAUGUAGUACAAGGCUACUCCUGCCAGUCCUGCCUAAAGAGAAAACUCGGUCCUCUGUGUGGAGGCUUGCAAAAAUCUCAAAAUAUUGGAAUCUGUGUUUGGCGUUUUGUACAGACAUGUAAGAUUACUAAAAAAAAAUUACGUCUUUAAAUGAGGCAGCUCUGGGGUAUUUUUCAACAAGCGUGGAAUAACUACUAAGGCAAUGCAGUGUUCCUCUCCCUCUGUUAAGAGACGGGGUGAUUCUCUGUGAGAGAAUCCGUCACACUCGACACAAGUUAUGAUUAUGUCUAUUGAUUCUCUUCUUCCUCCCUGUCCUCCUCUUCCUCCGAUUCUCUUACCCUGUAGCGUCAAUACAGGCCCAAGAGGGGAGGUUGCAUUAUGAGUUUUCUCACCAAUGGUUUUAAUAUUGUUUUUUAAUCGUUAUUUUAUCAUCUUAGUACAAAGAUUUGUUUUUUGUUUUUUAAUUUCUUCUUUGAGUACGCCUAUCAGUGGUGAAUGUACAAAUAAUAAAAUUGAAGUUUGAAA